UUGUUGAGAGGAAUAAGAGAGAGAAAGAGAGAGAAAGAGAGAGAGUGAGAGUGAGUCAGUGAUGGCGCACAGCAGCCAGGCCGAGCCCAGCUGUUCUCCGAUCCCCUAUCCUACGUCAGUUUAUAUCAGCCACUUAGGCUACGUGCAUUCGAGAUUCCUCAUUUUCCUCGUUAAAUAUUAUGUACGUUUAGUGUUGAAAAAAAAAAAAAUUAAAAAUUACAAGGGGGGGAAAAGAAUAUUUAAUUGUUAAAGGACAGAAAAUUUCAUUUUCCAAAUUCAACAGUUAUAAGAAAACAGUAAGAGAUGAAAUCAUUCGUUCCAAUUGUUUUGUUGUUGUUGUUGUUGCAUUUCAAGAAAAUAUUUAUAUUUGAUAAUCAAUCGAAUUCGUUGAGAUCGAUAUUGUGAUAGUACUUUCGAAGUUAUUUUUUCAAAAGUCCUGAAAGACUUAAAUUAGCAAAGACAACGUUUAGUUGCAUUUCGUUUCUUUGCGGUUAAGCUCGUUAUCAUUCGACCUUCCACGUUCUCGAUUCUUUCCGUUAUGGACGAUUCAGUGUGACGGUUCUUUUAAGUCUGACUGCUAUACAUACAUACCACAAUGUUUUUCCAUUCCUUUGAAUUUAGUUCUUGUUCGUUUUUCCUCUGCACCAAGUUUAAUCGUUGCAGUGUACAACCGGAGAAUAAUUAAAUUGAAACGCGUCUUGUGAUCAUCGAAUGUUUGCUGCGUGUUCGAAUUGAAAUGUACGAUGAUUAUUGUGAUAAUUAUCAAUUAAUCAAAUUGUAUCGUUUAAUUCGCGUAAUAUUUGAACAAAUAUAUCAACAACGCGUCAUUGUUUCGUAGAUUAUUUUCAAUGUGCUGCAAGAGUGUAGAAUGUGAUCCGUGUGUACAGAAAGAAAUGUUAAUUUUAGAAAGACAGACACACAUAGUUUUGACAAUUUAGUUUGCUGAACCCUACGAUCAAGUUGUUUUUUCUUCUUGUCAACUCCUCGAGUUAUUUCCUAUAGGAUCAUCUUAUGGAGGAUGUUGCGUCGAGCACGUGGCCCGCAAGUUGCACGCUUGGCAUACAAAGAACAUCGUAAAAACGUAGCCCAAGUCCGCAGCAACAGCAGCAGCUGCUCUGCUGUGCUGUUCUGUGUCUGCCUGCGUAUGACUAUAAAUGGAACGUCGUGAAGGGACAUCGAUGCGUGUUGUUGUUAUUCACCAAACGAAAAAUACUCAUCCGCGAGAGAAGGUUGAGGUGGUGGCAUCGAAGAAAACUUGGGGUUUGUUCCCGGAGGAGAAUACAGAAAGAGGAGCGGUAAGAGUAGGAGAAAAAAGAGGAGGAGGAGGAGCAGGAGCAGGAGGAGGCGGAGGAGGAUUGGUAGGAGAAGCUCAUCACUCGUACGAGAGAUUCGAAGUGGAAGAGUGCGUUGGUAGUAGCAGCGGUUUGGGUACCAGCAGCAGUAGUAGCAGCAGUAGCAGCAACAAUUUGAUUCAAAUUAACAACAGUAACAGCAGUAGCAGCAGUAGCAUCAGCAGAAGUAGCAGGUAUAACAAUCCUGUAAACGUUAGGCGACCGAUCCGAAUUUUGGAAGGCGAUAUUAGUACGGCCCUGGUUUACCCCGUGGUCGUCGCGGCGCACGAGCCGGAGACAAGCUGCUCGUCGAGACGUCCAGCCGCUUUAGCGGUGCCGGCAGUGCCGGUGGUGGUGGCACCCACGACGAUCAUCACCACCACCAACACCAACAUUAACACCACCAACACCAUCAACAACACGGCUGCCACGACGGCCACUACUGCGGCAGCGGCUGUGAGAUCUGCCGCUGCCAAGAAUUUGUUCACCGAUGCUACGAAUACUGAUUUACGUCAAUCAAAUUAUCUAUUAUCAUCUGCCGGUUGUUGUUUCAUCAAGGAUACCAAGAAAGAGGAUGCCAUGGAACCCGAGAUCAAAGAAGAAGACGAACGCAGAUCGUCCACCUCCAGUCCUGAGUUUUAUGUGAGAAGAAAUAAAUGUUACAACGAGGAUGCCAGUAGCGAGGAAGAAAACAAGCCGGGCAGCAGUUCCCUUCAAUGUCAUGGAUUACCAUCAUCCUAUAGCGGAACUUGGCCCAUCAGAAGAGAUUUAUGGGCAAAUCAACAAAUGGGAUUUUCCAAUCAACAGAGUACAUCGAGUAUGUCUACCCAUAACGACAUGGCAAGUGUCAUGAGUUUUUCAUCAAAUUCUGGUACGAUGCUUGGUAAUUCGACGGAGAUGCAAGGACAUCGUAGAUUGGGAGCUAAAGUUGACGUUGUCUAUAAUUUGUUGAGCAUGCUAGGAAGUUCCGAAGGUCGAGAAGAUAUGAGCUCAACUUUAUUAUCAAUGAGUACUUCUAUCGACAGUUGUCUCGUCAUGAGACAAUCCGGCUGUCUACCUUUGCUCGUUCAAUUGAUUCAUGCUGCUGGACAAGAUCCAGAAACGAGAGAAAGAGCGUCCCGUGCGUUGCACAAUGUUGUUCAUGCUAAAAGCGACGAGAGAGCAAGACGUCGCGAGACACGAGUUCUCAGGUUCCUCGAACAAUUACGAGAUUAUUGUCAAUCAUUGAGAACGUUGUUGGAAUCGGGACAGCCAGCGGAUCUUGACAAACAUCCAGGACCAACAAUAGCAGCCCUCAUGAAAUUAUCGUUUGACGAGGCACAUCGUCACGCGAUGUGUCAACUCGGUGGUCUUCAUGCCGUAGCCGAAUUAAUAGAGAUGGAUCACCUAGCUCAUGGCAGCGAAUGCGACGAUCAAAAUUGUAUCACUUUAAGAAGAUACGCGGGCAUGGCGUUGACCAAUUUAACGUUUGGCGAUGGUAACAACAAGGCUCUUUUAUGUUCCUUCCGUGAAUUUAUGAAAGCAUUGGUCUCUCAAUUGCGAAGCCCCAGCGACGAUCUCAGACAAGUAACUGCAAGCGUAUUGAGAAAUUUAUCAUGGCGAGCCGAUAGCAGUAGCAAACAAACGUUGAGGGAAGUUGGAGCAGUUACGGGAUUGAUGAAAGCUGCUAUGGAGGGUCGAAAAGAGUCAACCCUGAAGUCUAUAUUAUCGGCACUUUGGAAUCUAUCUGCUCAUUGUAGUACGAACAAAGUAGACAUAUGCGCGGUCGACGGAGCUCUCGCUUUUCUCGUCGACAUGCUCAGUUACAACGCUCCGUCUAAAACUUUGGCCAUUGUUGAAAAUGCCGGUGGUAUAUUGCGAAACGUUUCCUGUCACGUUGCCGUUAGAGAAGAUUACAGAGCUAUUGUACGAGAAAGGGGUUGCUUGCAAGUACUUUUACAACAAUUACGAUCACCCAGUCUGACAGUUGUCAGUAACGCAUGCGGAGCACUUUGGAAUCUCUCAGCGAGGUGUCCACAAGAUCAACGUCUUCUUUGGUCCUUGGGUGCUGUACCCAUGUUACGAAGUCUCGUACAUUCGAAGCAUAAAAUGAUAUCCAUGGGUUCUAGUGCAGCGUUAAAAAAUUUACUCAGUGCCAAACCUGGCUGCAGCAAUCUCGUACAAUUGGAUUCAACUGCGCGCGGACUUGGAUUAUCGACCUUGCCAUCUCUCGCAGCUCGAAGACAACGCGCCCUCGAACAAGAAAUUGAUCAAAAUCUAGCUGAAACUUGUGAUAAUAUUGAACCGAGUACGUCGCCAACUAACAAGGAAGACAAAUUCACGUUUAAAACUGAUCACAGCUUUCUCGCUGUUAAUACACGUGGAUUACGAUCUUAUCAAUUGUAUAAUCAAUCUAGUGCAUCCGGUGGCAAUAAAUGCAACGGAGUUUCCAGAAGCGAAAGUAGAGAAUCCAUGAGGUCGGUAACUAGUACACAUUCCGACACGAUGUUUGAAAGAGUUCACCGACAUGUUAUGAACGGAAUGUCGCCAACCGAGCCACAAGGAAAACAAUCUUUAUCUUUACAUGCAGCAACAGGAUUCGAUAAUGGAAUACAAUUGGAUAAUCCAAAAACAACUUCAUCUGAGAAGAAAUAUACCUUGCGUUACAAAAAUGCAAUACCCGAAAAUCUUAGACCUACCGACAUUGGAUUCGGUAAUGGCAGUGAAUUACGUUCGACUACUUCAACUAUAUCAUGGUCAUCUGUUCCUGAUCAAGAAGCUGUUUGCUCCCAAACCUUAUUACAUUCAUCUGUCGAAGAAAACGCUUUGUUACUCAAUCAAAGUAUGUCAUCCACGUCUAAAUUCACCAGUCAAUCCAGCGUCUCGGAAAAUACCGAAGUAACUGUUUGUCCAAAUUCGGAAUACCGUAGCGAUAUUCCUAAAUCUAAAUCAGAAAUAUCGUCGCAACUAUCUUACGUACCUGAUAAUUUUUCAACUAAGCAAUGCGAGGAUUACGAUCGCAUGUAUUCCGACACAUCGUUGUUGCAUCAACACGAUCCUCUGAAUUCGAUUCAAAAUGUAAUAUCACCUACUUUGAGUCAUAAUUCGGAGGAAUCAUUGUUUCGAAAUUAUGCCGAAACUGAUCUAGAUCAGCCCACGGAUUAUAGCAUACGAUAUGCUGAACAAACUAUUGAGGAUGACGAGAAACAACACGCCGUAUAUUUUGUCACUACCGAACAAAGUCUCAUCACAUCCUCAUUACCGAAUGAAGUCUCGUCCCAAGAGGAUGACACCGUUAAAAUGUAUUGUACCGAAGGUACACCGCGUGGAAUUUCCUUGAAUUCUUCUCGAGCAGCUUCGUCUUCCGACUUACAGGAAGACAGUAAAAUGAAAAGUUUAUCGAGAAAAUUAUUAGAACCCAAUAAAUUGCAUGAUACUGAACAAAACGAUAAAGCGUCGUCUUUGUUGGAUGUAGAAAAAAUCAAUCGUUUUACUACCGGUCAAAAUAAAAAGCAAAAUUUCAAUCCUACGAAAGAAUUCGUGGAGAAAACUACGUGGCAAGAGUCAUCAUCAUCAGUAUCAAGUAGUUGUCAAUAUAAUCAAGAUGAUUCGACAAAAAUGAAUUCAUCCGAUAUUAAAAUAGAUAAGCAUGAGAUAAUAACUAAUCAAAGCAUAACAUUUGAUAGCGAGUCUAGAACCUCGAAAGAGUUAUUUCUAAACAAAGGUACUUCUUACGUUGGUAAUUUAGAUCAAGCUAGCGAUGUUGACGAGGAUGAUGAAGAUUUACUUGCUGCUUGUAUCAACAUUGGAAUGCAAAACAAUAGACAUAGGCAUUCCUUCAUAGGAAAUAGUUUCGAAAAACUUCCAAGAGCAGAGAGUAAUUUAAUGAGGUAUCAAACCAGCAUUGCUUUAGAUCAAGUAGAAUCUAACGAUUCUAUUGGCACUGCAACUGAUUCUUUCAAUCUAAUACAACCAGAAACUGCUGGAAAAGCACUGCCUAUAAAUAAUUUGAGAGAGCAUUCGUCGUCAGUUUUGUUAGAUAUUAUUCAAUCUUCCAAAGAUGAAUUUUUGACAACUAAAGAAGAUCAAACGAAAUCGAAGGAAUUAAGUAAAGAAAAACCGAUGCUUUCUCAAAAUAUGCAGAAAGAUUCUUUGAACGGUAACAUUAGCGUAACUAGUGUAACAGAUCAUAAUAAUUUUUCUGCUCGUACUGCAUCUUCAACAAUAGAUGUAACUCUUAGUAGUAGUAACAAAACAACUGCAUCAAAUAUCAACUACUCCAUACAAGAGAAAUCAGAGUCUUCUUCUGAAACUUGUAACGAUGUUUGCAUCAACAAAGACCUUAAAAUCCUGAAGAAAGAUGAAUCAUUUACAGAGACAGAAGUUGUAGAAAAUGUAAACGAAACGAGAAUGAAGAGUACAGAUUCCGAAAGCAGUAAUUCUAUUGAUUCGGUUGAACAAUCGGAACACGCAUUGUUAGAACUGUGCAUACAAAGUGGACUUCCUAACGCGGCUGAAAAUAUUAAAGGAAAGCAUAUUUCAAUUAUCAACCAACAGAAAAAAUUAUUGAAUGAUGAAUCUUACACUCAUUUAAAAAAUUCCUUGAAAGAUGAGAAUAGUAUUGAAAGUACGAAGGAUGAUAUCGAUGGAAAGGUAACAUACGUUGUUGAUAAGACGAUUAAACGUGUGGAAGAAGAUGUUUAUAGACGUCAACGCGAUCCCGAUGCUAUGAUCGCAUCGUUGGAUCGGCUGACAGCUACUUUGGUACAACAAACCGAAGCGAUACGAGAAAGAGAUUCUUCAAAUACGAUGAAACAAAGUAUAUUAAGUGAUACGUGGAACGAAGAUUCCCCCAAUGAAAUGUCUUUUCCAAGUAUAAGCAUCAGUGCUCCUAUGAUUCCUUCCUUCAAAAGCGAUGUUCCAGAUGGUCAAACAACAACCAUGUCUGACAUCGCGGAAGGCGAAGACGAUGAGCAUGUAAGUAUGACUGAUUCCAAGAUCAUUCAGCAGGAAGCCAUUAAAUUAGCAGAAGCAGUCGAUGCCGAAGUUAAUAAGCAAAAUGAAAUGGAAACAACAAGUAUGACAUCUAUCGAUCUCGAUGCCAUUAAACCACCAUCGUCUAUGGGAAGUUUAUUGUCUUUGACCGCCAGUUACGCUGGACCUACGGACAACAUAGAAAGUUACGUGAACAGAGACAGAUGUUACUCUACUUCUCUACCACCCGUUCAAACUAAGAAUCAAUCGGCUACCGACACGCGAAAUUGUCGAAAGAAAUCUUUGCCUCUUGGGGUUGUGGCUAAAAGAGCAUUGAAUCAGGGACAAAGUCAUACCGGUAGUUUAGAGAAUUUGCUCAACGAUUGUGUACACUCUCAUUUGGAAAACGUUAAGCCCCCUUCGGUAAUGGACGAACUGUUAGAUGUUGGAGAUAUGGAAAACAGUAUGCUGAGUGUUGCGAGUAUUACCUCGGAAGUAGCUGAUAAUAAGGAUCAUGAUUCACAUUCGUUAUCAGGAAGUGAUCCAGUAUUUGAUCUUCUUAAGCCUGUCGCUAAUGUGUUGUCCAUUACGUGUAUGCGAUAUGCCGAAGGUAUGCAAUCAAGCGGUAACAAUAGCCUAAGUGAAUAUUUAGAAAAUAUUAAUCCUCCAUCUCUCUUCAACGAAGUGAGUGAAAUGGAUCAGUCGACGAUGGAAGGAAACACAGAUACUUUGUGCAACGAUACUUUAUGUAUAGAUACAGAAUUACGCACAGAAGAAGUACCACCUACUUUGGUAGAAGCUAUUGACGAAGGUGAGAACGAUACCGACGAAGGAGUUACUACAAUUUCUUCGGAAUAUUGUCUCAGCAGUUCUGCAGAAUCGACUCCAAAGAAAAGAUCGAAUAAAAGUCAUUUAACGCCGAAACAAAAGAGAAAUUUGGCAAAAGAGAGAUAUAAAACGUAUACGAUCGCUGCUGAAAUUGUUAAGAAAGAAGAAGAGAGGCGUAAGCAAGAAGGUAAACCAGGAGAGACGCCAAAUAAAAUAAUCCAAGGCAAGUGUUCUCCUAUCUCCAAAUUAACACCCAAACAACGUAGACAAGAAGAUAGGGCACGCUUUCAAACUCAGGUACUUGAAAAUCCAUUUCCAAGUAUCAAUGCGCUCGCAAGUAACAAAGAAGAAAUAGAACAGUUCUGUCAACAAAAGGAUCCAGAAGUUGAAGAUCCAGCAUCUGCUAGCAAAUCUUCCAUUCCUACGCUCACGAAAUUGCCGAUGCCUAAGGCACUGAGAAAGAAGCGUGCCGAAAAUCAAGAAAAUAAAGAAAGAUAUCGCACAAGAACGUUAAAUGAUUCGGAGUGUUUGCAAAAGACUGAUGACUGUGAUUUAGAAGCAACGGUAAAUGCUUUAGAAAAGGAAAACACUGAUAACGUGCACAACGUUGCAUUGGAAGAAAUCAAUAACAUGUUGGAGCAUAAUGCUACUAUAGUAUUAAAUACCUUGAAUGAAUCUAGCAAGAAUCAUGCCAUUUCUCUUGGUGACGAUGUUUUAUUGGAUCAAGAAACUUUAAGCCUAGUAUCGAACGAAUCUGGGUCUGAACAAAGUCUAAGAUUAUGUUUUGUCAAUGGGGUAUCUAAAAAAUUAAUGGACACGUAUACGCAUCAAACACAAGACAUUUCCCAAAGAUUCAAUCACAAUGUCCAGGAAGAAAAGGAUAAAUCUGACGUAGAACAUGUUCAAGAAGAAAUUGAUCCUGUGGAAUCGGGGAGCGACAAUGGUUCUAAUUGCACCGAAGAACAAUGUCAGGUAAUGAAGCGUCCACGUAUAAUUAAGCCAGGAAUGAGUAGCAGUAGAGACGUUAGCGCGGAUUCGAAUAAUACGGACAAGUCGGAACCAGGAAGUCCAAAAGCAAUUCGUGGAAGGAGAAAAGCAUUGUAUUCUAAUCCAAUUACUAGAAAACCAACUCCACAGUCGUCGCCCUUGAAACAUCCAACUCCAAUUAGUGCUAUUCCUAUUGGACGUAGUAAUACCUCUCCUAUUGUUAGAACUACCAGGGCUACUACUCUUAGGCAAAGCAACGGUUCAGGUGUAACUGCUGCUACGAAAGAACCUUUGAAAACAAAUACCAGUCCAAAGAUAUCGUCUGCUAUUGCCAGUUAUGAAAAUAAAAUUAAAAAUAUGAAUGCUGCGAGUAAAAGAACAUCGGUUCCCAGCAAGGGAUCUUCGUUAACAUUUACCAGACCCAACAAACGGCACAGUACACCACCUGCAUGCUCUUCAAAUAGCCAAAACGAAUGUAAAGCUGAAGUACCACCGACAAAACCAUUAGAACGUCAAGGAACAUUCACUAAGGAUGAGCCAGAAGUAGAAAAUGCACCAACAGUAUUUUCACCAGCCUCGCCGGUUAAAACUAAAAUUGCUAAACCGAUAAAAGGAACGUCAAAGAUUCAUCCGGCAGUUGGCAAAUCGAAAAUUUCAGUGAGAGCUCAUCAAACAUAUCAGACGAAAGGUGUUAAAGCAAAUGGUAUUGAAAAACCACAGGUAUCAAAAGUCAUGCCAACGUUAGGAAUUCCUAAGAGCGGUUCCAAAAUAACAGGAACAGGUAAAGGUUUGACAAGUAAUCAGAGUGCAUUGCAAAAUGAUAGUGGGAAGGUUUAUAGAAAGGUAGGACCAUUAGGUCAGAGAUCUAACAGUAAUUCCAGUAUUAUAUCUGACACGUCGAACGGCGUACAAAGUCGUAGACUAGCAAAGGAAGCUACGAGUAAAAUCGCUAGUCUUUGGAAGAAGGUAGAAGAAAACAAGACGAAACAAUUGUCUGAUAAAUCGGACGCGAGAAAAUGGAUAACACCUGUCAGCGGUGCGACGGAGGUAGUAGACGGGCAAAUAAUUUCAAGCAAACCACCCGCGUUUAGAUUGUUUCGUAGCUCUACGUUCGAAGGAGUUCCUCAAGACGACAGUCAUAAGUUGUCUAUACAAAAAUCUCGAUCCAAACAGCCAUCUAUAACGAACGUUCAAGCCAGCGGAAUAAAAUAUAGAAAUUCAUGCGACUUGAGCGGUAUGAACGCGAACGAGGCGCCAUGUAAGAUUCCCGUUAAAUCAUCUAAUCCUACCACGUCAAAAAAAGAAAUCGUACAAGGAGAUAAUACCGUUGUUUUACGGCGUCAACAGGGAAACGAUGCUGGAAAUGAAAUUGACAGCGUUAAACGCAUGUCACGGCUUGGUUCUUUUAUAACAGUAGACCCACCAAAUUCGGAUGUUGCACAAAUACCAGUCAUGUCCAUGGGUAAUGGACGUACACCACCGGCGUCAGCUGUCGUACCACCCUUUAAUUACAACCCUAAAUCGGCAGACAUUCCUUCGCACAUAGUUAAAGCCAGAUCAGAUGACGAUGAGGAAGGAAAGUUCGAAGUUACAGAAAGUCAAACGGAAAUAGCUACGGCCUCUUCGAGAGUAACGACGGUAUAGAGUAAAAUCUUACAAGUUUUGUAGCAGUAAUUUUUUUAUUGUUGCAAACCUAGUCAUUAUAAAAAAAUGGAAAAGAACAAAAAUUCAUCCAUUUAUUUUGCAAUCGCGCGUUGCUUUAGUAUUUUUUUUUUUCUUCUUUUCGAUGGAUAAUUCGCGUGGUUUUAUCCAAUGUAUUUAUCUUUUGAUACGUUUCUUAAAUUCUAUAAAUAUAUAGAAUUUAUCUUACAUUUUAUUUUAUUAUUUUCAAGAUCAUGUUUCUCUUUUACUUUUUUUUUUUUUAUAUGUGUAAAGAAAGAAAAACGAUGAGAGAGGAGAAAUAGCAGGAAAUUUCCAUAAUUCAUUCCUGUUUAAACGUUUUGUCUGUUUGCGUGUUGUAUAUAAUAUAAUAAUAUGACAUAAUUCCAUCGAUACGAGUCAGUAUAAAAUUCUCUAGCGUCUAUAUUAGUAAUUAAUUAUACGCGGGAUUAUUUAUUCCAUUUUGUAUAUAUAUUAAAUGUGAUUAAGAAGUGUAGAAAAGAAAAAAGUUAGCAAACUGUCUGUUAUUACAAUACACAGGUGAUACGCUCGCUGCUGUACAUCUUUAAUUAGUGAAAAUCGAAUGAGAAAAAAGUUAGAUCUGUAUUUUGUUUUCGUUGUAGUUAAUAGUACAUAUUCUUUUUCAAUGAGAGGGAGAGAGAGAGAGAGAAAGAAAGAAAGAAAGAAAGAAAGAGCAUCGUCUAAUUACUUUUGAAGACUGAUAACGACGAUGUGUGAGAUACAUUUGGUCAAAUUUGAAUAUGUGUUUUUUCAAACAACAUGCAAAGAAAAUUAUUUAGUAAAUUAGUGGUAACAGUUUAUAUAAUAUGAAUAUAUCAAUUUAAUGGUCUACGUAAAGUAAUACUAUUUAAGGUGAUGAAAUUAUUUGUGAGAAGAAAACAAUUUUAUAAAUAAUACAACUCUAAGUUUCUAGUCUACUUCGAUCAAUUUUGCAAUCGAUACAUUGCUUAUAUAUACAUAUAUUUUCGUCGUCGUACAUCUUAUUAUAGAUAAAUUCAUUCGUAUUUAAAUUAUGUCUACCAAAUCAAGUUAUAUAUAUCAUACUUUUUAAAAGAGGUAUAUAUAUAUUAGUAUUAAAAUAUGCACAGAGAUCUAUCGCGUACGGAUUCGUUGUAUUUCAAUUUAAUUUAUUAUGUUUUUUUACGGUGGAUGAUUCAUUUAAACAAUUUAAUCCAUUCAAUUAUGAUGUUCGCUAUCCGAAUUGUUUGUUAACAGAUCACCACUGUAUUUUUUUCUUUUUUUUUUGUUUUUCAUUCAUUGAUUUUCUUUUUUUUUUGUUCCUGUUAUCUUAUUUCAAAUAUGUUGCAUUCUAUAUUGUGUCAUCGUUCCUUCUUUUGCGAACCGCACGUUCCAUUAGAAGAAAAAUGUUUGGCGUAAUAUGGAGUACAGAAAUAUUUUAUUUUUUCUUUAUUAUUGUUUCACUAUUUAUUAAAUGGCAUUUAUAAGUAUCGAACCCCAUUCCAGUUCGGGUUAAUUAAAUUUAACCGUCCCAACUCGGAUAUAAAAGGGGUCGCCUUUUCAUUUAUUUUCUUUUUUUUUUUUAAACGAAUUUUUUCUUCGCAUCCAUCCUGCAUAUUUUUUCAUAAUCAUUGCGUAAUAAGUCUCUCCCCUUAUUCUUCUUAGGAUAUAAGUAACAUUUAUUUCUCUAUUAUUAUUAUAUUAUACUUUACAUUUGGCAGGUAUUUAAGUAUAAUUUGUAUACUAAUAAGUGCUGAAUAAUAAAAUUUCUAGCUACUAUAAUUCAUGUUUUUCAUUAUAUAAAUAUUUACUGUUUAAGAUUUUAAUAAUAAUAAUAAUCAUAAUAAUAAUACUGCGUAAAAAUAUUUCGAAGUUUUCUCGUAAAAAGAAGAAGAAAACGUAGUAAUGAAAAUUGUUUCUUUAUUUUUGUAUAUUUACUUUUAUAAUUAUUAUGCAUUAUAAAGGACAAUCAUAAAGAUUAAUUGAUUUGUCUU